AUGUAGGAGUUGUAAAGUGCGUUGAGUAAUGAUGAGUGUCGUAUUUUAUUUUCCAAGUUUAUUUACUCUUCCGGUCACAAAUAAACAGAACCCAGUUGAACCACUGCUCUUCUUCCAUGGCGUCUCUCACUGCACCUCCCACUCUUUCUCUGCAACAAAGGAUCAAUCGUGUAAGUGUUUGCACCAUAUUUGCAAACCCACCAUUCAAAGUUAAUGAGACUGGUUUGAGAAAUGGUAGAUGUCGUGGGCUUUGUUCUGUGGCAAGAGCUAAGCUGGCUGUAGAAGGAGAUGUGAUUGAGAAAGAAGCAGUCAGUGGCAACGACAAAAACGAUUAUGGAGUUGUUAGUGUCCACCAUGUUGGAGUGCUGUGUGAGAAUCUGGAAAGGUCUCUCGAUUUUUAUCAGAAUAUCCUCGGCCUUGAAAUAAACGAGGCAAGGCCACACGACAAGCUCCCCUAUAGGGGUGCUUGGUUAUGGGUUGGUUCUGAGAUGAUCCAUUUGAUGGAGCUUCCAAAUCCCGACCCUUUGACUGGACGGCCCGAACAUGGAGGGCGUGACCGCCAUACUUGUAUUGCAAUCAGGGAUGUGUCCAAGCUGAAAGCAAUUCUUGACAAAGCUGGCAUUUCUUACACACUUAGCAAGUCUGGAAGGCCUGCAAUUUUUACUCGAGAUCCUGAUGGAAAUGCUCUGGAGUUUACACAAGUGGAUAACUGAUACAUUUCAUACCAAUAAACUUUGUGAUAUCUAGGGCUGUGGAGUUUCAUGAACUACUGCUUUAAGUCGCCUAGAGACUUUGUACAGAUAUUAUACAUUUCAAUGAUGAUGGUUUAUGCAGGCCUCUGGUAUAGGAACUUUGUCUUUACAGAAAUUGCAAAUGAAUAAUUCGUACCAGCUGAACUAAUCUUUUAUGAA